AGACAACGACCAGCAAUACGUCACACUCGACGCCCAAUGCAGGCACCUCGAUGCCUGCAGGCACCUCGACGCCUGACCUGCGAACUCUCGCAGCUGGCGACCCGACAACACCUUGCCUCGACCGUGCGGCCCUCCUCCCGACGUUGCCAAUGCCUUCACACCUCGCCCUCACCUCGCGCCCCACCAAAGUCGUCUUCGCCGUCGUCCAGACCGCGAACGUCUUGGUGGAGGUCGUCUCGCCGCGCCAGGCCAGCGACCGUCACCCUCAUUGCCAGCGCUGGGCUGCUGUCAGCCUUCGCUGGAUUUGCUGAGCCGACGAGCACCACAAAAGACGAGGCUCCACCGCCCCCUGAGCGCAAUGACAGUCGAGACCCCGAGCUACCUCGCUUCAGGUUAUCUGAGGUCAAGGAACAUGGACCCGACUCGGAGAGGCCGUGGGUCACCCACGAGGACAAGGUCUACGACAUUACAGACUGGAUCGGAGCACAUCCUGGAGGCGACGUCAUCCUGCGCGCCGCCGGAGGCAGCAUUGACCCCUACUGGAACAUCUUCACCGUCCACAAGGCUCCCUACCCCCCGGCAGAGCUUAUCGAGGACCCUUUCCGAGACGAUCCCGCCCGCGACCAGAGGCUGGUCAUAAUGACCUCGAAGCCGCGCAACGCUGAGACACCGCUGGACGAGCUGGCCGAGACAUUUGUCACACCGCAGGAGCUCUUUUACGUGCGUAACCACAUGUGGGUGCCCAAAGUCGAAGACCCAAAGCAACACACCCUCACCAUUGAGCUCCUCGAUGGCACAACCAAGGACUACACCGUCGAAGACCUCAAGACCAAGUUCAAACCCGUCAAGAUCGCGGCGACUCUCCAGUGCUCUGGCAACCGUCGCAAGGACAUGACAACCCACGCUCGCGACACAAAUGGCAUCCAGUGGAACGUCGGCGCUAUCUCCAACGCCGUCUGGGAAGGCGUCAAGCUUUCCGAUGUGCUUGCCGACGCGGGCUUCCCCCUCGCCGAAGCUCGCGCAGGAGACACGGACGCUCGCCACGUGCAGUUUGCCGGUCUCGAAUCAUACGGCGCCUCCAUCCCCAUCGAUCCUGUUCUUGACCCCCGCGGCGACGUGAUCCUCGCCUAUGCUAUGAACGGCGCACCACUACCUCCUGAUCACGGUUUCCCCCUUCGCGCCCUCGUGCCCGGUCACGUUGCGGCGCGUUCCGUCAAGUGGCUUCGCCGUGUGAUUGUUUCUGAAGACGAAAGCCAGAGCCAGUGGCAACAAAAGGACUACAAGCUGUUCGGACCCAACCAGACCCAUCCCGACUGGACCACGGCCCCUGCCAUCCAGGAGAUGCCGAUCACGAGCGCCAUCACCGCCGUCAAGCUCGGCCCCUGGACCGCUGUGCCCCCCAUGAAGGCUCCUGGCGGCCGCCUCCUGACCCCGCCACCCGAGGCCCGCGGCCGCGAAGCAGCCGUCACGGGCUACGCCUACUCGGGCGGUGGACGCCGCAUCGUCCGCGUCGACGUCAGCCUCGACAACGGCCGCACCUGGGACCAGGCCAAGCUCCUCGCCGACACGGUCAAGCCCGGCCCGGACCGGGCGUCCCAGGACCACGGCCACAAGUCCUGGGCCUGGCAGCGGUGGCGCUACGACGGCGUCGUGCCCUUUGGCGACGGCCCCGAGGGCGGCAAGGUGUGCUCGACGCUUCUCGUCAAGGCGACGGACGAGGCGUACAACGCCCAGCCCGACGGCUACGAGGCCAUCUGGAACUUUAGGGGCAACCUCACGAAUGCUUGGCAUCGGUACCGCGUCUGCUCCGAGUGCCAGGCCGAGAAGGCCGUCAACGAAGACAACAGGUGA